AUGACAACGACGAUAAAACACAACAGCAGCCACUUUCAUGAAUCGGGUUUGUAUAAAUUAUCAAGUCAAAAGGAUAGAGAUCAAGAACAACGUGAAAUAAUUGAUCAUAAUUAUGAUGAUCGUUAUAGUAAGCUCUAUUCCAUACCAAUUAAUUUUAAGUGGCAAAUUAUACCAGAUCCUAAUCUCAGAAAUCAAUGUAUUCAUAGCAACAAUCAUGAUGGCAACAACUCCUCAUCGAUAUCGGUCCUUAGUGAUCAAGUGAAACGAAAUCAAAAAGCCUACUUAAAUGGUCGAAAAAAUAGGCAAGCUGUUCCUAAAGAAUUAGUUAGCUUAUGCAAUGAACACAUCCGACGAAAAAGCAUGAUGAUUAAAGUUAGUGAUCCUCCUAGUCUAAGUCGGUCUUUAUCACGCAGUCGUAGUAUUGAUGUGAAUAAAAAACCAUCGCAAACUUCUACCAAGCCAUUAUCACGCCAUCCAAUUAAAGUAAAUAGUCUACCAGUAAUUCUCCCACCUGCUAUCAAGAUUGAUUACGCUGCCGAUGAUACUAACGAUAAUCAUCAUCAUCAACAACAGCCACAACCACCACCACAAUCGUCAUCAUCAUCAGCAUCACAUCACUUUACUCGACGUCAUCAAAAAUCGUUUAAACCAUUUCGACCAAGAACAACGUCAGAAUUGAAUAUUUUAACACAAUUUAAAUCAACUGCUCCGGUCAAAUACUCUUGGUAUUAUAAACCAUGUUGA